AACCUUCGCGAAAAGUAUUGAAUCGGUGACGUCACAAAAGACGGGAGCCAGUGGAAAGGAGUGGACGGGGUGAACGGAGUAGUGGCGUUUGUGCGAAAAAAUGUCCGGCUACCGGGAUUUAUCGUCUACGUGAACGUGCGGCGAACGGUACUCGCGCGAUCAGCGGCGUGAGUCGUGAGUCACCGGCGCUACGCGCGCAGGAUCGGACACCGGUGCACGUCGGGCACUGGCGAUUUUUUCGGUCGAUCUCUCUCUCCGGGAUCGCGAGCGAUCAAGUGCGUGCAUGCGACGUGCCUGCGUGCGUGCGUGCGUACGUGCAUUCUUCUCCCCCGGGCACGUGCACGGAGCGAAACACGGGGGGCUCCUCCCCCGUCCCGUCGAUGCCUGUUGUGGCCCGUCGGGGCUCCGGACCACUCCGGACGACUAUGACGGUUCGAUCGCGCCGCGCGUAGUCGCGUGAAAAACAAAACGAGCGAGGGCCGCGCGCCGCUUCUAGGUGGAUCGACGCUACGAGAGUCUCACGCAUCCUCCGGUUAAACGGGAUUUGACCAGCGGGUUAAACAAGUGGUCGGACCCGAGGCGCAGAGGGAACGAGUCGCGAAGGAUCCAGACGAAAAUGAGGAUCGCCAAGGGGGAAUGAUAGGAUGCAAGAGGGUAAUACCGCCGUUGCGCUAGCGAUGGUGACCCCCGGAUACGACCAGGACCCAGCGAGUGGGGUCGCCGACUAUACGACUCAUCAGGAUCAGGCCCAGUUCGAGGCGGACAAGAGGGCCGUGUACAAACAUCCGCUCUUCCCGCUACUGGCGUUACUCUUCGAAAGAUGCGAACAGGCGACCCAGAGCUCGGACAACUCCACGUCCGAAAGCUUCAACAUGGAUAUACAGGCUUUCGUCCAGCACCAAGAAAGAGACCGAAAGCCCUUUCUGAUCAAUGACCCCGAGAUUGACGGUUUGAUGAUCAAGGCGAUACAGGUGCUGCGUAUUCACCUUCUGGAGCUGGAGAAGGUGCAGGAGCUGUGCAAGGACUUCUGCAACAGGUACAUCACGUGUCUGAAGGGCAAGAUGCAGAGCGAGAACCUGUUACGCAGCGACUACAGCCACCACGGGCACGACAUGGGCCCGUCGAGCGGGAGCAACGGCAGCAGUCCGCUGCAGGUGCUGUCAUCUACAGGCAAUGAUGUUGAGUCGGGAGCUAACGGAUUCAGAGUGAGCCGAGGGGACGUCGCCGUGGCGGAGAACGACGGCGCGAAUUCGCACGCGCGAGAAGAGAGCGUUAAUCACGACCAACUGUCGGCGGUCCGACCGUCUUCCGCCGUCCAGCGCUCGGGCAAAUCCACUAGCCAGGACCAUGACGAUCCGCUCUCACCGUCCACGGUGCACGGAAGUACGCCUCUCUCGCAGAUCGGGGCGCAUCCAUGCGCCCCGGUUAACGACAUGUAUCUCGGCCAAGAUGACAGUAGCGAGUAUCUGCGGACCAUCUCCAACAGGAUAUACCUGGAAGAAGCCGGAUACUGGGGACUACUCGCCUUGCGAGAACGAGAAAACGCGGAAUACGCGGAUAUCGGGAGAUCUAACAAUCAAAAGUAUUUCGACAUUACAGUUGCGGGCUCGCCUUCUCCCGCGGCGAGCGAAGACGAGGAGGAGGGUGCCAGCAACGCGGCCUCGAAUCACGCUGGGAAUCAUAGGAGUAAUCACGGUAGCGCUAGAAAGGGACGUCAGAAGCGGGGUGUCUUACCCAAACACGCAACUGGCAUUAUGCGAACGUGGCUCUUUCAGCAUUUAGUACAUCCGUAUCCGACUGAGGAUGAGAAGCGUCAAAUUGCCAGCCAGACGAAUUUGACGCUGUUGCAAGUGAACAAUUGGUUUAUCAACGCUCGUCGACGGAUCUUGCAGCCCAUGCUGGAUGGUGCGGGCACGGACGUGGCGUCGCGCGCGGGGAAACGUCACAAGACCUCGAAACACGCCGCGCAGCAACAGGCGGCCCAGCAACAACAGGCGGGCUGGCAGUCCGAUGAUUCGGCGAGUGACUCGGGUUCUAGCGACGGUGAGGGAGGUGCCGCUAGAUCGAAAGACGGUAACGAUAGCGAUGAGGAUGAUCUUCACUGACCUCUGUCGAUCACCGAAACGUCAACCUCUUUACGGUACCUUCAAAUCCAGUUGCUCAUUACAGUAUUAAGGUAUUCGGGAAUAGAUAUCGCUUUAACUGUCAAAUACGUAAUUAAUCUUGUGAAAGUUAAGAAUAUGCGGAUAGAGGUUAUCACGCUCUCUGAUCAUUCGAUACUUUGAUUUUUCGUUAGCUACUCGACCGAUCUGCUUUUUUACGACAGCUGAUUAGAUUUUUAAUCUCGACUCGUAUAUUAUUCACGUGUUAACGGACUCAGAAACGAGAACUGAGAUUGAAUAGGUACUAGAAAGAGCGAUUUACUUAAGUACAUCUAACUCAAACGAAAAUAUACCUAUACGUUUGCAUUACGCUACGGGAAAUGUUAUUUAUUUUUCGACGACAAAUUUGUAAGUGAUUCGCGCACAAGUGGAGAUAAAUCUGAGCUUUCUUUGAAACUACGAUCUUUUGUUAGUUUAAUUACGUCACUUGUAACAAACGUACGUCCCUGAUGAUACUAUUAUUUAUGACACUUGUAAUGUAUGUAAAAGAUAUAUGUUGUUUUAAGUAUAAUCACAUUAUAUAUUUAUAUGUAUAUAUAUAUUUUUUAUAUAUUUAUAUAUAACGUGAUUAUAACGACUUGACUCGAACAAAGAUUUGCCACAAAAAGAAAGAUGCUUUUCUGAUAAUUAUUCAUAUUUUCCAUUCAAUGUACAUUCUUAAGCAUUAUCCAAGAAUUAUACAAAUUUAUUCUUUUUGACGUGGUGCAUUAAUUGUCGCUCAGUUUUAUAACUUUGACACUAUUAUGUGUUGGGCGUAUAAUAAAACAAUUUUGUUCCAUUUGGACAAAGUCAAAUUUUUUUCUGCUAGCUUUGCCGGCAAUACUAUGUUAUUACUGCUAUUGUUGCGAUUAAUACUGUUACCCAGAUAUUAACUACCAUUACGACUACUAUUGUUACUACUAUGCUACUUCUAGUAAUAGUAUCACUACUACUAUUGCUAUUUCUUCCAUUACCGCUAUUACUAUUACUAUACUACUAUUUCUACUAUCAUUAUUAAUAUUAUUACUGUUAACACUAUCGCUCCUGCUACCGCUAAAGCUACUGCUACUACUACUAUUAUUACUACUACUACUAUUACUAUUACUACUACUACUACUACUACUGCUAUUACUACUAUUACUAAAUUACUAGUACUAUUACUACCUAUUACUACUAAUACCUUGUACUGCUCCUACCACAAUAAUUGUCAUUUUUGUGUCACAACAAAAUAUCCGCAUAUUUUUUAUUUUGUGAUUAUAAUGCGUGUGAGCUGUUUUUGAGGUUGAGAAAUUGACCUGCUUUACAAUUUACAACUUAUAUAAGGCAAUCCAAUAUGGACAGUGUAUGAGAAAUGGUAACGGCAAUUGCUAACGUUGUUAGCAAAUUGAAAGUUGUAAAAAGAUGAUAUGGAUAAUUAAUUAAUUUCCAAAUUAGAUUGAGAAUUAUAGUUCAUAGCAUGCAAUAUUAAUUGUACUUUUCGUGCCAUUAAAGAGCGUGGUAACUUC